GAAGUGGAGCAAGUGAAGUGUUGAAUUCUGAAGCCAGUCACAAGGAGUGAAAAGACAGAAGAUGCCUGGUAAAUCUAUGGAGAAUGUGAAAUUGCCAAGUCAUUGUGAUGCUCUGCUAUCGAUUUGAAAGGAUACAGAAGCAACUGAUGGCUGAAGAUUAAAACCGACAAACAGCUUCAAACAAGGUGACCUGCCAUUGGCCCUGUUUACUGCAUGUGUCCUGGAGAAGAUAUCCAAUAACUUGCAGUCUGCAUCCUACUUAUAAUAGCUCAUGAGACUGAAUGAAACAAUGCUACUGCAGGAGGCAGGAGGUAGAAACUUCCAGACACAGAUCUGUCUUUGUCAGAGACUUCAACUCUUGCAAAGAUGAUGUUGAUUAUGCAAAUGCAAGAGUGAAGUCUGCCAAAGGGAGGAGAGGAGAGAAGUACUGAAGAGUAACACCGGACAGUCCAAAUGAUGCAGAGGAGGAAGGGGUGAGGCACAUAAGCGUAACACAGAAGAGGGGUGAUGGCACAUUUUUGUCACAGCUAGCCAACAUAUGUACAGAUUGGACAGCUGGCAAUGGAUUACCAAAAGAGAAGUCUUGUGAAAUUAUCUGACAGACCUCCUCCCAGCUUCCUGCUGCAUCAGCCGUGAAGGAACACCCAUGCUACUGUCAUCUUUUGAACUGCUCUGUGGUUUUACCGGUUAUGGGGAACUUUGCUUGCCUGAUGUGAAGAAACUUCUUCAAGUUAACAAGAAAUAUUGAGAAUACUGAAUCAUCUUCAGACAUGGUUAGUGUUAUUUAAUAUGUCAGAGCUGAUUUGCCUGGAGGGAGUGUUUGAUGUGUUUACCCAUCCUGUUUCUAAAAUAUAGCAAACGCGAGCAUGACUGGAACAUAACAGUCAGUCAUGGGUCACUCUCAGCUCUAAAGAUGCAACAAGCACACAUUGGUGCCCUCAACGUGACUGAAAGAGAAAAUUAACCCCUGGAAAACUCUGAAGAUGACUAUGUCGUCUCCUGUGGGACCAGAAGGUAUCACUCUGGCUCAGCCCAUCCCUGUCCCAACGCUGACUGUCCUGCCACCAUCCUCAGAUACAGAGUCCUGGUCUCACUCGCCUAGCCCUAGACUGUCGCGCUUCAAUCGCCACAGUCGAUCUCACCGCAGCAGGACCCGAACUAAGAAACGAAAGGAGGAAGAGCAAGGUUGCAUUCCUAAACAGGGUAAAACACCACAAAUUGUAAUAGAGGACACUGCGGAGAAGGGCACCAUUCGACACCGAAGCCCCUCACCCUCCCCGUCUGUGGCCACUCAGAUGGGGGGGGAAGAGCAAGGUCAGGAAAGCCCUUCACAGGACCUCCUCCUGCCACCGUCUCGCUCAUGGUCUCGUAGUCCCUCUCCCAGCCGCCGCUCCCGUUGGUCCCUCAGGAGCCUGCUCAGCAGAGACUCUGACUGGGACAGCUGCAGCACAGCCAGUAACUCUCCACGCAGCACCCCUGGCAGCUCUCCCUCCCUGCGGCGCAGGGUCCUUGGGGGUGGCAGGGCCAGUGAGACUGAGGGAGGGGGUGAGAAGAGCACCGGUGGAGGAGGUGGAGGUUCAGAUAGCCCCCUGCCAUCCAUACCCUCUGCUUCCUCCCUCACAUCUGCGUACCCACUUGCUUCUCGCCACUUCACCCGCAAUGCCAAGAAAAUGCAGAGCUGGUACAAUGUUCUCAGUCCUACAUACAAACAGCGGAACGAGGAUUUUCGUAAACUCUUCAAGAAACUUCCUGACACAGAGCGACUUAUAGUAGACUACUCUUGUGCUCUGCAGAAGGACAUACUGCUUCAGGGCCGCCUUUAUCUGUCAGAGAAUUGGCUCUGUUUCUACAGUAACAUCUUCCGCUGGGAAACCACUAUCACUAUCCUGCUGAAAGAUGUUACCUCUAUGACCAAGGAGAAGACUGCUAAGCUCAUCCCAAAUGCCAUCCAGAUCAGCACUGACAAUGAGAAGCAUUUCUUCACAUCUUUCGGAGCAAGGGAUCGCAGCUUCAUGAUGAUUUUCCGUCUGUGGCAAAACGCACUGUUGGACAAGUCACUAUCCCCCAAAGAGCUGUGGCACAUUGUACACCAGUGUUACGGCACUGAACUGGGCCUCACUAGUGAAGAUGACGACUAUGUCUCCCCCACCGCCGAGCACAUGAACGGCCUACUGCCAGGGGACGAGUCAGUGUCGGUCACAGAUCUACUAGACCUGAGCUCAGUGUCCGUUCCCUCUACGGGCAGCUCUCCCCCUCCCCUGGUGCCCUGUGGUCCAGCCAGCUCUUCCUCCACCACAAACCUUGGGGGCUCCUCUCCCCCUUCCUCCGCCUCCUGUCUACCCAUAGAGGUGCCUUCUUCAUCUGGACGCAGACUCAGCUCUGACCCCCUCGAACCCAGCCCGCCCAGCUCCCACAGCUCAUUGCCAUCCAUCACUCCCACCAACGCCUCUGCCUCUGCCCCGGCCUCUGCUGCUGCCUCCUUUAAUCUGGAAGAGGGUGGGGAUAGCCUGUCUGAGUCAGCCAAUCACAUGCUGCCCCCUCCAACCACCAGUCUGGGAAACCUCUCCUCACUGGACAUCACCAACGAUGAGGAACUGCCCACAGACCCCAGCAACUCCUCUGACACUCAAGAAGAGAGUGAAGUGGAGUCGUUCUGUGCUGACCUGAGCGGGCGGCUGCACAUCAACACUGCGGUCCGCAUGAGUGUCGACAAGCUGCACGACCUGCUCUUCUCUGCUGACACACACUUCAUCCAGCACCUCUUCUCUCAGCGACACUUUACUGACCUGUCGGUGGGUGAAUGGCAGCAGGACAGCAGCAGUGGGAAUACCAGCCGUGUGCUUAGCUACACCAUAGCCCUCAACAACCCCCUCGGCCCAAAGACUGCCCCUGUGGUGGAAACGCAGACGUUGCACAAGAGCAGCACCCGGGGCGAGUGCUACGUGGUGGACUCGGAGGUUAUCACCUCCGGCAUCCCCUACCAGGACUACUUCUACACUGUCCACAGAUACUGCCUCACCUCCAUCAACAAGCACAAGAGCCGGCUGAGAGUUUCCUCUGACAUCUGCUACCGGAAACAGCCGUGGAGCCUGGUGAAAGCACUGAUCGAAAAGAACACCUGGAGCGGCAUUGAGGAGUAUUACAGACACAUGGAGAGUGAGGUGUGCAAGCUGGAGACGCUACUGCAGUCUGAGGUUUCUGUAGUGACCACAGGCGAGGCGGUGGGCGCCGAUGCUGCCAAGACCCCACCGACUCUGCGUCGCCGCAAACGCACGUGCUCUCGACGGCAGAGCGAGAGGGAGAGAGAGAGGGACGGAGGAGGCGUGGGCACCGGAGAACGAGGGGACAGGGGAGCCGGAGAGGAAAGAGAAAGGAGAGAAGCCAGUGCUCAGUAUAUGAAGCUGGGAGAGCGUUCGCGUGGUGGAGGACAUAACAGUAUAUCCACCAUCCUCCUCAUCGUCAGCUUCAUUCUGGUGGUGCUGGUGGCUCUCAACAUGCUGCUGUUCUACAAGCUGUAUGCUCUGGAAAGAGCAGCCCAUACACUGGAGACAUGGCACUCCUACUCUGUCGCUGACAGUCCUUUGCCCCAGACGGCUGGAGAGUGGGCUCAGGUCUUGCAGCUCCAGAGGCAGUUUCAUCAGGCUCAGCUCAGCAAGUGGCAACAGAUCCUGCAAUCCUCUGUCACACUUCUCGACCAGAUGAAACAGUCUUUAGAAAAACUCCACCGGGGAAUUGUGGUUCCAGAGGUGCAGCAGGAGCCCCCCACCGACACCAUCACAGAGUCCCAGUCUGAGGCCUGAGCCCUACCUCUCCUGGUUAACAGCAUUUUGACUAUCCCCCACCUCUAAAUACACCCUGUUCACCCCCUUUUUUUCCCUCUCCCUCAUUUCCAAAUCGAAAACCGGGUGUGGGACACACGGAGGGAACUACAUUACCCACAACUCUCUUCACCUGACUGACUUGAAAUGGCAUCAUUUGCCAUCAGCCUCAACCAGUAUCAACUUCAGUGAACUGGGACUGGAAGCUAUCAGGACCACAGCAAUAAUUUACCUACAGCUGCAAGUCAUCUGUAUGGAGCGUAUGGGAACAGGCCACUGGUGGGCCGACUCACACCAUCCGCUCCUCAUGGAGACAUUUUAAAAUGGCCAAGCUUGUUUCAGAAUAACUUUAAUUCAGACCUCCUACCCAGUUUUACGACUAUCACAGACUCAAGUUCCUCUUCUGACCUACAACAUUUCAUAGAUUCAGUGGAAAGGGAAUCGGUGAUUCUGCAAAGUGGGAGCUCUUCCUCCCAGUCCUGGGAACAAUUUGAUACCUUUGCCUCUAGUGAAUGCCUGCUGAAACAAAAGGGGAACGCCACCUGCCGCGUGGAUGUGAGGAACAAACUCGUAGAAAGAGAGAAGAGAGCGCUGACAGGAGCAGGGCGCCUCUCUCGCUAUUUCGGUCAGAGAUGCUUUCUUCCGUGUCCGAGCUGUGCCCCUUAAAAAGGUCAUCGGUCCUCUGCGAAAGGGGGGUGACAAACAUUUCAACACCACGCGAGGUUACGCCCCGAUUUUUUUUGGAUGUAGAUUAUACAUCUGAAGAUGAAUCCGAAACACACUCCCACUCCUCCCGGUCCUGUCUGGGUUUUAUCUUUUUUGUCAAAAUCAGUGUGUUGGGUUGUUUGUUAGGACAUGAAGCUGUUUCUCGGACCGUUGCAGUAUUUAUUAUUACCAAUGACUUUUGAUCUGAAGUCCUGUCCUGCUCUUAAGAAGUCAUGUGGUGGGUAUCUUGUGCUCUGAUUUGCUGUUGCGGUGCGGACCAAGAGGAGCUACACGAGAAUGAUUACUGGUCACAGCAAUAAAGACAAUAGUGAUUCUAGUACUUUUUGAAUGUUUCAAACAAAGUAGUAUAUAAUUAUUAUAAUAAUAAUGAUGAUGAGUUGUGUGUGAAUGUGUGUAGAAGCAGUGAAAAAAAAAAACCCGAUUUUGACUUGACAGAUGUGUGCGUGUGCUCAUGAGGAGUCCUCAGUUUUCAUAUUAACAGUUCUUUGUGUGUGUGUGUGUGUGUAUACUUAUACACACACAUUUAUUUCUUUUUUUCUGUUUUUUUUUUUUUUUAGAUGUCUCUUUCAGGUUUGCUCUCUCACUCUUUGUAUCACAGGGCCACACCUCAGCAUUUCAGGAUUUUCCGUAGACUUGAUAAGGUAAAAAGUUAAAAUAUCAGAACAGCCAGCUACUCAUUUGUCCAACUGGGUCAGACGUCUCACAACAAAAGGACCAACCAGAAUUUUGUAGGCCCAGGUGAAGAAAAAGGGAAUCCGUUUUACAGUUUUUUGUUGUUUUUUUGUGUGUGUGUGUGCGUCUGUAAGAUUAAUUUGACUCACUUGUCUCCUCUUUUUAUCAAAUUCCUUUUUCAUUUUCUAUCUUUAUUAUUUUGCCAUCUUUAUUUGUUGUUUGUUUUCAGCCUGUCUUCUCCAUCGACUUGAUUUUUGGCCUCUGAUGACGUGAAGACAUCUCGCUCAUCUGCGCUCCCUCUUUUUCUUCUCAUCACUCAACCCCGCCUUUUACCCACUCUCUCUCUCUCUCUCUCUGUGUUUCACUGAAAAUAGCUACUACAGAAGCAUGUGGGCUCUGCUGUGCAUGGCCAUCUGCGGAUAACAAAAGGAUGUAAUAUUUAUU